AGGGAAUGUUCCUUCGUAGGUUCCUGGUAUCCAAGGUUUAUGCUUCUCGCGCGAAGCAAGUCUAUAUCCGCACCUUUGCAUCUGGACCGAAUGACGCCAUCAAGGGACGCCAGCUUGCCUUCGAGAUUGGCAUCGCCCUGAGCCUUGGAUUGGCUGCUGCCUAUGGAGUUCGCAGCCACCUGCAGAAGGAUGUGGAGCCAUGGGCUCCCAAGUCCAAAGCAGGAAAGUCUGAGAAGAGCACUCUGAAGAAGAGCAUGUCAGCCGAGGAGAAGGCAGAAGUCGCCAAGUUCGAGAAGUGGUUGGAGGAGCAGAGGAAGAACUCGAAGCCCGACCCCAAGGACACCGAGGACUUUAAGUUCAUCACUUUUACUGAGCUGCCUCCCUUCCACUCGGGCCAUCGCUCGCUCAUGUCCAAGGUCCUCACUGCAGAUCUCUUCGCCAAGUACAAGGACAUCACCUCCUCCAAGGGCUACUCCUUCUCCAACGCCAUCCAGUGCGGAGUCCUGAAGCCUCAUCUUGGCGUCGGCUUCACCGCAGGAGACGAGGAGUGCUUUGACCUCUUCAAGGAGAUCAUCUACCCCAUCGUUAAGGGAUGGCACAAGUUCGACCCGGAGACCCAGUCCCACAGGUCUGAUCUCAACCCCCUCCACCUCAACUUCAGCAGGGAGCAGCAGCUCAAGUUCGACCAGUACGUCGAGUCCACCCGCGUGCGCGCGGCGAGGAACAUCAGCGGCUUCUCGCUUCCCUGCGGCGCCACUCCCAAGGAGCGCGAGGGGGUGGAGAACGUUCUCAAGCAGGCGUUCGGCAUGUUCCAGGGAGAACUGCGAGGGAAGUACUACCCUCUCGGCAACCUCACCGCCCAGGAGGAGGAGAUGCUUCAGUCCAACGGCUUCCUCUUCCAGAAGCCAGGACCAGCCCAGCUGCUUGCUGUUGCUGGAGCUGCUCGUCAGUGGCCCGACAACCGUGGCAUCUUCCACAACAACGAGAAGACUGCCCUGGCCUGGUGCAACGAGGAGGACCACUGCCGCAUCAUCUCGAUGCAGAAGGGAGGAGACGUCUGGUCCGUUUUCGCUCGCUUCUGCAAGAUCUCCGACACCAUCGCCGAGGCCGCGCAGAAGAACGGAGCGAAGCUCAUGUACAGCGACAAGCUCGGCUUCCUCGGCACCUGCCCCUCCAACCUGGGCACUGGCCUCCGCGCCUCUGUCAUGAUCCGCAUCCCCCAGCUCAACAAGGACCCCAAGGCCCUCGAGAAGGUCUGCGAUGCCUUCGACCUGCAGCCGCGCGGGUCGUCGGGCGAGCACUCGGAGGCGGUAGGAGGGAAGUGGGACAUUUCCAACAAGCAGCGCAUCGGGUUCUCCGAGGUCGAGCUCGUCCAGAAGAUGAUCGACGGAGUCACCAAGAUCAUCGCCAUCGAGGAGAUGCUCGUUGCCAACCCCGGCAUGACGCCCAUGCAGGCGCUGGAGAAGGUCAAGUAA